CCUAAACUUCCUCUGUUCGCCAGGAAGCACUCUCGCUGCCUGUGGACCGUGGCGUCGUAGUUUUCCCUGCUUAGUGCUUGGACUAUCUAUGAGUGAGAAUCCAGAAGACAACAAUGGGAAAUUGAGUAAUUGGCAAUGGAUCCACUGGAAUUGGUGACCUUUGAAGAUGUUAUUAUAAACUUCACUCAGGAAGAGUGGGCCCUACUAGGCACAUCUGGGAGAAAGCUGUAUGAAGAUGUGAUGCUGGAAAACAUCAAUCAUCUGGUAUCUGUUGGAUAUCAGCUCUGCAAAACAGAUUUGAUUUUCUGUUUGGAAAAAGGUGAAAUGGUGUGCAUGGUGGAAGCAAGAGGAUUUUCCCAUUGCCAAAGUCCAGGUAGGGGAAUUUCACAUAAACUGCAAGAAAUCAUUCCCACACAACAAAUCAGCAAGGAGGAUGCACCCACUCUCAUGUCAAUCAAAUCUCCUACUCAAGAAAAUCCAUCUAAACAGAAUAAUUCAGCAAAAGAUGUCGCUGAAAGCUCUGUAUUGAGUCAAAAUGUGUUAACUCACACAACGAAGAAAUCCUUUGUCAACAGACAGUGUGGAAACUCCUUUAGUAACUAUUUAUAUCUUAAUCGAGACAAGAAAAAUGAAACAAGUAAGUCAUAUGAGUGCCAUCUGUGUGGUAAUGCAUUCAGUCGACCAGUUAAUCUUAGACUACAUGAGAGAAUACACACUAGAAGUAAAUCAUGUAUGUGUCAUAUAUGUGGGAAAGCCUUCAGAUUUCCUUAUUCCCUUAGAGCACAUGAGAGAGUACAUACUGGAGAGAGGCCAUUUGAAUGUCAUCUAUGUGGGAAAGCCUUCAGCCACUCUUCUUCCCUUAGACAACAUGUGAUAAUACACACUGGAGAGAGGCCACAUGAAUGUCAUCUAUGUGGGAAGACCUUCAGUCACUCUGCUUACCUUAGACAACAUGCGAGAACACACACCAGAGAGAGUCCACAUGAAUGUCAUCUAUGUGGGAAAGCCUUUCGUCACUUUUCUUCCCUUAGACAACAUGAGAUAACACACACUGGAGAGAGGCCACAUAAAUGUCAUCUAUGUGGGAAAGCCUUCCAUCACUCUUCUGGCCUUAGAAAACAUCAGAGAAUUCACACUGGAGAGAGACCACAUGAGUGUCAUCUCUGUGGGAAAACCUUUCAUCACUCUUCUGGCCUUAGAAAACAUCAGAGAAUUCACACUGGAGAGAGGCCACAUGAAUGUCAUCUAUGUGGGAAAGUCUUCAGUCACUCUUCCUACCUUAGAAAACAUGAGAGAAGUCACACAAGAGAGAGGCCACAUGAAUGUCAUCUAUGUGGGAAAGUCUUCAGUCACUCUUCCUACCUUAGGAAACAUGAGAGAAGUCACACAAGAAAGAAGCCACAUGAAUGUCAUCUAUGUGGGAAAGCCUUCAGUUACCCUUCUGACCUUAGACAACAUGAGAGAACACACACUGGAGAGAGGCCAUAUAAAUGUUAUCUAUGUGGGAAAGCCUUUAUUCAGAACUCUCACCUUAAAAAACACAGUCGAACUCAUGCUGGAGAGAGCCCAUAAACAUGCCAUAGAUUUGGGAAAACUUUGAGGAGUUG